AUGGAAGAGCAAUUUUCGACGUCAACGGUAGCGAUUUCCGAGAUUGUUGAUGAUAUUUGGUUCCACUCGUCAACUCGACCUCCGCCAGCAACUGAAGAUCCGGGCAAAGGAGGUCUCAUUGUAAACGAGACGAUUACGAAUCUCAAUGUUACAAACACUGAAUAUAUUCCGAUUGCCGCUGCCGCAGUCACUUUUUCUGUUUUGAUUAUUGUCGGCGUUUUUUGUAUAUUAAUAUUUGUGAUAAUAUUAAUAAGAGGUCGAAAGAAAUUUCAAGAAUUCCCAUUCUUCGCCAUUGUCCAUCAUUUGACGGCCGCCAAUGCUAUUCAUAUUUUCUUUCAGGCAACUACUGUUCUACCAAUUAUGAUAAUUGAGACUUCUGAUGAUUCUAGCGGACGAGUUUGGUAUAAAAUUGGUUCGUAUUCGAUAAUGGCAACCGAACAAGCGGCCUUAUACUUCACAUUCCUCAUGGCAAUCAAUCGACUCGCCGUUUUUGUGCUCCCAUCGGUUUUGAAAUAUUUUACAAUAAAACGAAUACAUAUAAUCUCUUCAUUUCUUUGGAUUUACGUAUUUUUCAUUGUUUGGUGGAAUGUCAAUUAUGGAACGAUUCGAAGAUUUCGUAGAAGAUCGCUGUCGGCGACGGAGGUCCUUCUCGGAAGCAAUAUUCUAACACAGUUCUUCACAUUAUGCUCUUCUCUUCUCCCUAUUCUAAUGCUUUUCAUGUAUGGCCUUAUUUUUACGUAUAUCACCAAAAAAAGACAAAUCAAUUCACAUCAUCAAUAUGGGAGUCAAAGGGACAAAUUGCUACUAUAUCAAGCAGCUGUGAUUGCAGUCGCCUUAGAGGUAGUGAAUAUAACUGAUAUGGUUACACCGUUCUUCAAAAAAACAUCGACAACUGUGCAAUGGAUUUGGACAAUUUUUUGUUAUUGUGCCACAAUAUUCAACCAGCUCGUAAACCCUCUACUCUUUCUAACCUACAACAAAUUUGUGCGAAAUAUUGCAAAACAUUUGUUCAGCAAAAAUUUCGCCUCGUUUCUAUCAGAUGCGAGUUCAGUGCCCAAAAAUAUUGAAAAUCGAGCAUCAAACACCCGUUCAAAUCUGCAACCUGGCGCUGUUAUCACAUUUUAA